CAGUUUCAUUCAAAAGGGCGUUGAGUACACUUAUUGGAAUAACGUUACACUGAGUGGCGUCUGCAUAAAUAAAAAAUGUUACUAUUUUUUGUAGUUCUUCUCAUCAUUUUAAUCCUGCUAUUACGUAAAGUGAAUGAAAAUUAUUUUAUAUUAGCUUUGUGUGAACGUAUAAAGUGUGUGGAAGGCAAACCUUUGGAAGAAAAGGUUUGCAUUAUACCGGGUAAAACAAUUUUCGGGAAUAAUUUCGAUGCGGUGAACGUGACACCAGGCAAACUAUUUAAACUCGCCCGUAGCUUUACUAAGCUUUCGAAGGGACGCAGUUAUGUUCUCAAUUUCUUGAUCGGUCCUGUUUAUAAUAUAAUUAAUGCCGAAGAUGCUGAGCAAUUAUUUCAGAGUCAAUCCCUCACAACUAAAGGAUUUAUGUAUGACUUUCUCCAACCUUUCCUUGGCGAUGGCUUAUUAAGAAGCAGCGAAGAAAAAUGGCAUUUAAGACGUAAAAUGUUAACGCCAGCCUUUCAUUUCAAUAUCUUGCAAACCUUUAAUGAAAUCUUCAAAGAAGAAAGUUUAAAACUUUUGGAAAAACUAAAACAUCUCCAACACGAGGAUGUCAAUAUUAGCGAUGUUAUAGAUGAAUUCUCCUUAAAUAACGUUUGCGAGACCGCCUUAGGAGUUAAGCUAAACGAGAUUGACGGUGCAACUGAAUAUCGUGCAGCUGUUCAUAAUCUUAGCACAAUGAUAGUGAGACGAGUCUGUAAUCCAUUGAUGUAUUACAGAAUCAUAUUUUAUCUCUUCGGGCAAUACAGCGAGACCAAACAUUAUGCAGAAAUAAUUCACAAUUUCAGUGGCAAAAUUAUAAGUAAAAAGCGAAAAAAAUUCUUCCAGGAGGAUAACGGUUGCAAGAUCGAUAAAGAAAAUUCUUAUGUGAAAACACGUUAUGCGAUGUUGGAUACACUACUGCAUAAUGAAGCCCAAGGACUUAUAGAUCACCAAGGUAUCUGUGAGGAAGUGGAUACGGUCAUGUUCGAAGGCUAUGACACCACUUCAACGUGUCUCAAAUUUGCUUUAUUGAACCUAGCUCAGUAUCCAGAUAUACAAAAGAGAUGCUAUCAGGAAAUCGAAAAUCUUACCGCUUUUGAGAACUUGACCGUGUUCGACUUUAACAAGGUGGAAUACUUGGGAUGUGUGAUAAAGGAAACUUUGCGAAUGCAUCCAUCUGUGCCAAUUAUACAAAGGCUUUGUACCAAGGAAACAGUUUUAAAUGGUUUAAUUUUACCGACAAACGCGCAAGUUAAUAUUCAUAUCAAUGACAUUAUGAGAGAUUCAAAACAUUUUCCUGAACCUUCCGUGUUUAAACCUGAACGCUUUUUACCAGAGAAUACACACAACAUGCAUCCAUUUGCUUUUGUGCCUUUCAGCGCUGGUUCAAGAAAUUGCAUCGGUCAAAAAUUUGCAAUGCUGGAAAUUAAAGCUGCUUUGGUGGCCAUACUAAGGGCUUAUCGAGUUUUACCCGUUAUUCAGACAAAAGACUUAAUUUUGGAAUACGGUAUAACUCUAAGAACAAAGCAGAAACUUUUCGUUAAAUUCGAGCCAAGGGUAAUUUAAAUGAACUAAUAUUGUUCCCGUUCCAUUUUUUGUAUCUUAUGUGAAACAAAAAAAAGUUUCACCUAUAAACGUUAUUAUGCGGAAAUUAUUAUUAUUAUAAUUAUUAUUA